AUGAACGAGCAGACCCCGCAAGGGGGGCUAGCCUGGAUGGGAAUGGGUGAGCAGUCAGCCUCGGCAAUAGACUUCUCUGUGGCAGGUCCCAGCAUCCUCACUCGCCUCGGAAUCCCUUCCGGUGCGAGAAAUGGGCUCACUCCAGCACAGCAUACGUUCAGCAUACAUGAGGUAGGGACAACAGGUCAUACAUCAUCCUCCGGUUGCCUUCUGCAGUGCAGCCAGCAAAAAGCAAUGGACCCAGUGGUCUGGUCCGAAUUCCCGGCUGCAGGAUUGCAGAAUGUCCCGGAGAAAAGGGUCAUUCUAGGCUCCUGGCGAGGGAUUGACAUUCUUCAGACCUGUCAUGGGCUGAGCAAUCCCAAGCGGCGUACGCGACCAGUGCGCGUGGUCCAAGUGGCCGGGCCUGACCCACGGCGAGCGAUGACAAUGACACCAGAGACAAGGGGGCGAAAAGACGAGAAUGAAGUUCCCAAUAGACGUGCCAUGACUGGUCAAUGGGUCCUAUUUCCGGAAAAGAGAGCACUGGUGGAUGGGAUGCACGAGGCGACCAGCCAGGCAGACUGUGGGAGAAACAAGGAAGGCCACCUAACUAAGACUGCUCUACUCGGGGAAAUAAUAUCGUCAUCAUCAGACGAUGGUUAG